AUGGCUUCCUCUUCACUACCAUCCUUCAUUCAAGUCUCAACCUUCUCUAAAAAACUCACCACCCCUCAAAGCAACUCUCACUUUGCUAUAACAAAAACCAACACACAAUUUUCUUGCUCCUUAUCUCCUUCUCCUUCCCACAACAUUCUUCAAAAAUCACUUCCUUUAGCUGCUUCACUUGCAAUUCUUCUCUGGUCAACUCCUGCACAUGCUGGAUUCAUGUCAGGAAUCUCGGGACUAGAAGCUGUUCCUGGUCCUCAGCUGCCUAAGAUUGAUUUCCUCAACAGAAUAAACGAAGAAAACCAGAAGAGAUAUGCUGAAAAUGAUGCAAGAAUCAAAGAGUCUCCCUUGGUGAAGAAACUUCUUGAGCAAUCUAAGUUGAAUAAAGAGAAGAAUAGUAAAGAAAUAGAGAACAAGUACUGCUUACGUGGUGCAGAAUGGGGAGUUGGUGAUUGUUCAGCAGAAGGAAUGUCUAUAGAGGAGAGGGAGAAGUUCAUAGCAAUGUUGAAAGAGAAGGUUGGAGAAAAGUAA